GAGAGCGAAGGUGCAGACGAAGAGCAGCUGCUGCUCUUCGUCUCCUCUGCUUCAGAUGAUCUGUCGUCGUCUGUCGUGGGCUUCUAUUCAUUCUCUUCUAUUGUUUCACCUUCGCCUUCUUCUGUCCUGGACUUCACCUUCUCCGCCUCUUCUAUUCUAUUCUAACAACUGUCAAUACUCCUCUCGCCUCUCGUAAUCGCAGCAUUUCACCCCCAGCUCGCCCAGAAGGAAGAGAGAGAGAGAGAGAGAGAGAGAGAGAGAGGUGAGGCAGUCAUACAAUCCAGUCCGCUUACUUCUACUUCAAUUACCAGUCGCAUUUGAGAGAGAGGCGGGGUGCGUGCCUAAGCUUAAGCUGGUGGGCAUUGCUGUGCAUUGAUGGUGGAUGAAUUGAUGAAUGAGGAGUAGUUGGAAAGCGAAGGGAGGGCAAGCGAAGGAGGGAGGGGAGGAGAGAGAGGACGAUUGCCGCCCGAGUCUUAGAGGAAGAGGAGGAGGAGGAGCAAGAGGUACUCGGCUGGGGUGUUCAUUCGCAUCAGUGUAACAGUAGUUCAUGCUGUUGGCGAAUGUGGCUGGCCUCACAAUAGUUUCUGUACACCUUCCUCGCUUUCCCAAUCACUACAUUUAAAAUUCGUUUCUUCGAUUCUGGAGGUGCAUGCUUCUUUCAUUCAUAUCCCCAUGUUGUGUCUCAAGGGUUCUUACAUUCUGGUGUCUGAGUCCCUCACCACCACCACCACCAUCACAAACACCUCUGCUGCUCCUGCUACUUCCCCAGCUUCUUUUCCUCUCCCUCUCCCUCUCCCUCUACGAUCGCCUUCACCACUGCCCGCCCUGCUUCUCCGGCUUUAGUUUCCGAUCCGCGUCCACUCCGAGCUCGUCUCGGCUGCUCUCCAGCAGCACCACCUCUCUGUAAAGCGAUCAAUCAGCUCCGUGCUACUUGGCUCGCUCGCUCGAUUGAUUGACGCCUUGCACGCUUGCAUUCGGAGCCGGUGCAGAGUCUAUCUCAUCUAUCCACCUAACACCCGCGAGAAGAUUUACGCGGAGCCCGGGACGAAACAGGAGCUAGACUCAGACAUAAACAGCUCGGGCGAGGGCGAAUUGUAGCUCGCAUUUCGGAGAGGAAUUCUGGAGCCGGGCAUUGUUGUGUGGGGUGACGAAUCGACGAGCUAGCGCUGAGAGCUGAGAGCUGCGCGCAGACGCGAAUCGCAGGGGGACAUUCAUCAUUCGGCCGCCAGAAUUUCGCUGCAUUUCAAGGUGCCAAGUGGACCGCGAGAGUGAGCCGUCAUGGAUGCGAGUGAGGUGAAUCAAGCAGGGUCCCUGGAGGCGGUCGUCUCGGACGAGCAGAAAGCGGUGGCAGUCGCGCCGGUCGAAGCCUCGGACACGCCGGAGCAGCAGCGCGGCGUGAAGCGAUCGCGCCGUGACAGAGGAUCCACUGCCAAGGACAGAAUCAGCAAAAUGCCGCCUUGCGCUGCGGGAAAACGAAGCUCCAUUUACCGAGGAGUCACUCGACAUCGGUGGACCGGGCGCUACGAAGCGCAUCUCUGGGAUAAGAGCACAUGGAAUCAAACGCAGAACAAAAAGGGAAAGCAAGUUUAUCUCGGGGCUUACGACGAAGAGGAGGCGGCAGCUCGCGCUUAUGAUCUCGCUGCUCUCAAGUAUUGGGGCCCCGGCACGCUCAUCAAUUUUCCCGUGAGCGAUUAUGCGCGGGACAUCGAAGAGAUGCAAAAUGUCACGCGGGAGGAAUACCUCGCGUCGUUGAGGAGGAAGAGCAGCGGAUUCUCCAGAGGCGUAUCCAAGUACCGAGGAGUCGCAAGACACCAUCACAAUGGUCGCUGGGAGGCCCGUAUCGGUCGAGUUUUCGGCAACAAGUAUCUCUACUUGGGCACUUACAGUACCCAGGAGGAAGCAGCAGCAGCAUACGACAUGGCAGCGAUCGAGUACCGAGGGCUGAACGCGGUGACCAACUUCGAUCUGAGCAGGUACAUUCGCUGGCUGCGACCAGGGCAGGGGAACUCGGCGCUGCAGGAGCCGGAGUCGAAUUUGAGCCCCGUGCCGGGGGACGAGUCGCAGCUGCUGGUGGACGAGCAAUGUCAAGCGGCUGCGGCCGCCGCCGCUGCGGCUGCGGCCGCAGCCGGGGUGGGCGAAGAGCCUCACCCGCCGGUGUGGCCGGCGCAAUCCACCGAGCCUUACCAGCUGCCGGCGCUGGGGCUGGCCAGCAAUGGCUCGCAGCAGCAACAGCAGCAGCAGCGAUCGUCAUCCUCGCCCACAGCCCUCAGCCUGCUGCUGCAGUCGUCCAUGUUCAAGCAGAUGCUCGAGCGAGCCUCGUCCGCCUCGGGCCCGACCGACUGUGACUCCACCACCCCGUCGUCCGACCUGGGCAUGGACCCUUCGGGCGCUCCUCAGCAGCUGCAGCAGCAGCAUCCGAGCAGUCACUUCUUCUCCACUCACCAAGCCCCUCCUCUGGUGGAGGACGACAGCUCCGAGCACCAGGAUGUGUCGUCCUACCUCUUCUCGAACCCCACCUCGUCGUCGAAUCACCACCACCACCACCACCAUCUGAGCAUGUAUGGAGACCACCUCACGCCGCAAGAUCACCUGUCGCCUUAUUCCUCAUUUCCUCCCGGGGUCUCCUCGUCGCUGCCGACUGAUUCCGAAGGCGUGGCCGCAUCUCUCGACGAUGGAUCAGCGUACUGGAGUUUCGGUGGUGCCCUGCCUCUGAACCCGAUCACCAGCUGCUAGUUCGCUAGUCGGUCGGUCGGUCGGUCGGUUGGGGCGGUCUGACAACCCCCCAGCUCGGAUUGAGCUCAUCGUCAGUGUUCUGGUUCGAAGCGAACAGCGAGGGGGCAGAGCCAUCGACAGUGCGAGAAAGCGCGAGCAGCAGCAGAGAGAAGUAUGUAACAUGAAGCCAUACCUUACGCACUCUUAAACUUUCUCUGGCUGCUUCAGCUGCUGCUGCACAGAACACUCAUGGACGCAUGGAUGCAUGGAUGGGAUCGAAGAGGACGACGAGUUCACUCAGGUGAAUCUGUCGAACAUUCCCAGGAGCCUGAAACCUCUCUGUUUCUAGCUGCACUAAUGACUCCAUUGGACCACUCUUCUGGAAGAAUAAGAAGGUCGGAAGCAGCCUAUGUACUAGGAAAACAAACAUUUCAUAAGAGUGGGGACGGGGAAAGGAGGGGAAUCCGAAGGACUGUGCAGGUUUGAUUGAUUGCAGAUGUUGUUCCCGCCCACACAAUCAUAGAAAAAAACACUGAUUCUUAGAGGGGUCGAUAAAAGGGUCGAAAAGCCGGGUCGGAUGCCCUUGUACCAGUAUAAACGUCACCCAUCCCUCAUUUCAUAUUCAACAUAAGAUAAAACAACUUCACACACACACACAAACACACACCUGACAGCUUCAAUGUGUACCUCGGUACAGUUGUCUACAGAUGUCAUUUCAAACGAGCACUUUCAGCUCGAUUCUGCAUAUAAUACAAGCAACGAUUUCCUACGU